AUGGAGAUUCAAGAAAACAGCGGGGUCGACAGGGGAAGCGGAUCACAGGGCGGUUGCUGGUUGGCGUUGGAGCUCCAGCGAGGGCUGGGCGGCGGUAGCAGGAUCAAGCGGAGGUCCAGGUGUGGGGAUGACGGAGCACUGCAUCGGCACAGGUGUGCUUAUGGACGGAGGCCGGCAGUGGCGUCAGCAGCUACGGAGGCGAGUGGCACGGCGGAGAGGCAGGCGCGGUCGUCGGGCGUUGAGCAUGGUCGCUGGACGCCGGGCGCGAUGGUGCUCCCGAGGAUGUGCAGCGAUGGAGGCUCGGCACCGGUGAGGGAAGCUCCCCUUUUGGUCCCCCAUGAAGCGAGAGCAGAUUGCAAUGUGAGAGGCUAUCUCAUCCCGAAAGGUACUCGGAUAUUCGUCAACGCGUGGAAGCUGCAUAGAGACCCUCAAGUCUGGUCCGAACCGGAAAAAUUCUUACCCGAACGGUUUUUGACAAAUCAUUCAGGUGUGGAUGCUUCAGGUCAGCAUUUUGAAUUCAUUCCGUUUGGAUCAGGUAGAAGAAUAUGCCCGGGAGCUGCGUUCGCAUUGCGAGCAACCCACUUGACGUUGGCACGUCUUCUUCAAGGAUUCGACUUGGCAACAUUGUUGGACGAACUAGUGGACAUGACCGAAGGCUUAGGGGUCAACCUGCCCAAGGCCACUCCUCUUCGAGUUGUCCUCAACCCGAGGUUGCCUUCUGUGCUCUAUGAGAAAUUGACGGCGAAUUAGAAACUACUUUCGUUGGGAAGAGCAAAAGGGUCCAUGUAUGUGAAUAAUCUCGCAUGACAAAAUAGUUACUUGAGUAGAUAGUAUGGAUUAGAUGAGUAUUAAACAACAAUCUUCUUAAUGUAGAUGCACUGAUUGUUGAAAUAGUUUGUUAUCAUAAAAGAGAUGUCUCUUGAUUAAGAAAAUAUGCGACUCUUGAUUAAGAGAAGAAA